CAGUAGAUGGCGUGAAAUUCAAGAUGGCGUUGCUGUUAAAAAAAUAGCAAACAAAAUCACAAAAUACUCCAAAAGUUUCUGAAGAAUUUUGUUGUUGCGUCAAAUAUUCAAUAUUUAUAAUUAUUCACACCAUUGUACAUUAAUAGAUCGACGUUCGAGUUCAAUAAUAACGACGUACAAUGAGUGGAAAACGUCAUGGGUUGUCCAAAGAAGAAAUUGCUAAGCAAUUUAUGCUGCCAGAAAGGAAAAGCAAAAUCGCUACGCUUCUAAAACAAGACGGCCAAGCCUACUGUAUUUGCCGAAGUUCGGAUAGUUCGCGUUUCAUGAUAGGAUGCGAUGCUUGUGAAGAAUGGUAUCACGGAGAUUGCAUUAAUGUUACUGAAAAAGAUGCCAAGUAUAUCAAACAAUUCUUCUGUGUGCGUUGUAGAGAGGAAGAUUCCACAUUGGUAACUCGGUACAAGCCAAAAAAAUCAGAACAGGAUGAUCGACGGUUGAAAAAGUACAAAGAGAAGGGUCGAGAUCACAGAUACGAAUAUGAUGCAGCUUGGGAUCCAACUUUGGUGAAGAAAUCGUCAAAGCGCUGCGGGGAAUGCAAUGGAUGUUUAAGAAGCGAGAAUUGUGGAAAAUGUGACGCGUGCAGACACUUGAAGAAAUUUGGUCCGUCGGUGAGGCUGAAGCUUCGUUGUAUCCAGAGGACGUGCAGAACAAUCGGAGUGCCCUUGAAACCUUCUAAAAGCUUUAACAGACCGAUAAAACCAAGUAAAAAAAGAAAAAGAGAUUCGAGCAAUGAAAGAAACGAGCAUCUUGAACAACCGCGUCAGUGUUACGGUCCAGGCUGUCUAUUGCAAUCCAGACCAGGAAGCAAAUACUGUUCGGACGAGUGUGGUAUGAAACUCGCGACUAACAGAAUUUAUCAGGUUUUACCACAACGCAUACAGGAAUGGUCACUAACCUCUUGUGUUGCCGAACAAAAUAAUAGAAGAGCUCUGGAAACUGUGCGAAAACAACAACACGACGUUCGACGAAUUUUACAAGAAUUAGACAAACGUCAUGCCGAACUUGAUCGAAUCGUCGAACGCGCUAGACACGCAACCAUUGAUUCCAAAACCGAUGACGAUGAAAAUGACGAUACGGAAAUGAGCAUGUACUGCAUCACUUGCGGACACGAGAUACAUUCUCGUAGCGCUAUUAAACAUAUGGAAAAGUGUUUCAAUAAGUAUGAAUCCCAAGCGUCGUUCGGUUCAAUAUUCAAGACAAGAAUCGAGGGUCAAGUGAUGUUUUGCGAUUUUUAUAAUCCAGUGAAUCGAACCUAUUGCAAGCGUUUACGAGUUUUGUGUCCAGAACAUUGCAAGGAUCCAAAAAUAACUGAUACGGAAGUGUGCGGUUGUCCUUUAGUAACGAACGUCUUUGAUUCUACGGGUGAAUUUUGUCGAGCACCGAAAAAAAGUUGCGUUAAGCAUUACGUAUGGGAAAAAUUGCGUCGGGCAGAAAUCGACAUGGAACGGGUUCGUCAAUGGCUGAAAAUCGACGAGCUCGUCGAACAAGAACGACAAAUACGCUCAAACAUGGCAACCAGAGCCGGAGUACUCGCUCUCAUGCUACACUCCACUUACAAUCAUGAACUCAUGGAACAAAUGACACAGGAACAAAACAGAGAACAAAUGGAGGCCAUGGAGGUUGAACUUCAACGGCGAUACAGUUUACAACGCAAUGAAAAUAAUGUUAUAGACCAAUAGCAAGUUAAGUUGAAUUACAACUAUCCUGAAAGAUGAUUACCAAUUAUUUGCUUUCUUUAAAUUGUUUUUUUUACAACUACAUGUACAAACUAUUGAUAAUCACAGCUAUCACCUGUACCAAUGUUACGUCCAGAAGGGAUGAACAGGGUUAGAGUAAUAUUUUUAUGUUUAUUUUAUUUUACGCUCCACCAACCUGCACCGAAGGUGCAGGAUUUCGAAUAAUCUUCAGGAAAUUUGGAAACUCUGAAUAUAUUAAAGUGAUGAAAAAAAUAUGUCUAUACGGUCCCAUACAGGUCCCGAAUGAUUUGAGAAAGGAUCGCUCAAUCUAUGAACUAUUAAAAGAAAGAAACACACCGGUAUAACUUUAGACUGGUGGGGGAGGGAGGCGAUUAAAUAAUACAAGAAGUACAUUAACAAAGA